UCGCUCUGUUCAUCCAACUCGAAAUAUCGUAAGAGAAUAAAAAGAAUCUUACGCCCAACAAGUCCCGUGCCUUUCUUGGUCGGACCAACCCAACCGGCUCUUUCCGACAAGUCUUUAUGCAUUUUUAGAGCAAGAAGCGGAACUACAAGAAAGCUUUCUUUAUGGAUAACCAAUUCAUUUUCAAAUAUAGUUGGGAGACUUUACCCAAGAAAUGGGUAAAAAAAAUGGAAAGAUCGGAACAUGGGAAUAGAUCUGAUACCAAUACGGACUACCCAUUUCCGUUGUUGUGCUUUCUUAAAUUGCAUACCUAUACAAGGGUUCAAGUUUUGAUCGAUAUUUGCGGAGUUGAUCAUCCCUCUCGAAAACGAAGAUUUGAAGUGGUCUAUAAUUUACUGAGUACUCGGUAUAACUCGCGCAUUCGUGUACAAACCAGUGCAGACGAAGUAACACGAAUAUCUCCGGUAGUCAGUCUAUUUUCAUCAGCCGGCCGGUGGGAGCGAGAAGUUUGGGAUAUGUUUGGUGUUUCUUCCAUCAAUCAUCCGGAUCUACGCCGUAUAUCAACAGAUUAUGGUUUCGAGGGUCAUCCAUUACGAAAAGACCUUCCUCUGAGUGGAUAUGUGGAAGUACGCUAUGAUGAUCCAGAGAAACGUGUGGUUUCUGAACCCAUUGAGAUGACCCAAGAAUUUCGCUAUUUCGAUUCUGCGAGUCCUUGGGAACAGCGUAGCGACGUAUAAUAAAGAAUCAGAAUCAGAAUAGGUCCAGUCCAGGGGACAAAUUAAUAGGAAAUGCUAUUUGGCUUCGUAAGAAUAAGAAUGAGCUUAUAUGAAAUGAAAGAGUUUAACGGGAAUUGUCUUGAUCGUCGGAUAUCAUUGAUAAAAAAUAGGAAUAAAGUGUUCUCGAACGAUUUCCUGCAAUUCCUCCCAGUAUGGAAUGAGUAAAGAAUCAAGCUACAAGUCUCGAUCUAUACGAAACGCACUUGUUUUUUUGAUUUCGGUUUCAUUGAUAGCAGAAUAUCCUGACUCUAUAGGGGCGCUAGCGCUUGACUAAUAGAAUCUCAAAGGGGCCUGAAUGAAACUUAACUUAAUAGGCUGCUACUCUAGGCUCGCUUCUUCAAGCUCCGCCCCUUAUUGAAAACGGCCUAGCUAACGAGCAAUCUUUCUAAAGUGCUAACGCGUCUUAUAUUAGAAUCUUAGUAAAGCAACCUUUCGCGCUAGGCGCUCACGUUUUUUGUCUGGGUGGAAGCAGGCGGCAGGGCUUGCUUAACCGGAUACACGGAAUUGGGAUCUCUGUCGCAUGCAAAUCUUUCUAUCGGGAAAGCCUCGCUUAUUCACUUAUUCAAAGGGCUAAUUCUUUAUGACCCUUUUUGCUCAUAAGUAAGCAUUGGUAGGAGCGGCGGGAUGAUGAUUUUUAUAUUAAAAAAAAGAAAAAAUUACAAAAGAAGAAAGAAAUGGCAAGAUCCGUUGAGAUCGAUUCAAAUUGGGCAUACAGAAUCUUUUUCAUUUUAUGAGACUAUAUGCAUGCAAGAUGUAUUGGGGGUACAAAAAGAAUCCUUUUCUUUACAGUCGUAUCUACUGUGAUAAGAAAGCGCUCUUAGUUCAGUUCGGUAGAGCGCGGGUCUCCAAAACCUGAUGUCGUAGGUUCAAAUCCUACAGAGCGUGAUUCCGUUCUUGUUAGGUCUAAUUACAAUGAAAGAACUUCACUAACUUGAACAGCAACCUUCAUUUUACCUCCUGCGGAUUCAAGAAAGGAGGAAGUCAAUAAAAAAAAAGAGAUGUUAAUUAAUCAAAGGUCCAACCGAUCGCCGCGUCUGUAUUGUAAAUAUGCAGUUACGAAUAAUCAAAAAAGUAAUAGGAAUUAGACCUAACACGAUUCCAAAUAAAAUAUAAAAACUUCAAUCAUUUAAAUUAGUUUGAAAGGAGAAAAAAGAAAACUACGACUAGUCAGGAAUUGCGAAGAAACAUCGUAAGUAACAAUAGUGAAAAUUCCGGGUGACUGGAUCGCCCCGGCAGUGGGGUUGCUCUAACUCAGAUGACCCCGAGAAGCGCAGCACUCCGGUAACCGAUCCUUCUGUAGGUGAAAGGGUAGAACGCCCCCAGGCCUCUCUUGGCAAUAGUUUCCCUUUCUUAUCUUCUACCUUGAUGGGUGGGAGAGGCCACCGAAUUAGGAUAUCACUACUAGCACGGACUGCGCAGGAAAUUUAUAUCCUAUAGAUGUCUCGGCGCUUUCAUUAUCCUUUUCUUUUUUUUUUCUUUCCCUUCUUGAUCUCCAAGUCUGUAAAAAAUUGAAUAGGAACUAUGUAUGUGAAGCACAUGUUGCAGCCAAAUGGGCUUGUAGGAACAAACAUGAUUUCUGGAUGCUGGGAGAUGGACAGACCAGACUGCAUAAAACUACUGGAAUGGAAAGAAAGAGAGGGGAAGAAGCAAUUCGUUAAAAAAGGGAUGAGCUACCCGGAUGAACGAAGAGCUAAAAGGAAGACACAAAGUCCAGUGGCAGAGCGGCGAUCAGCCUUUAACUAAAAAAGCUUGUCCAAUAAGUGGUUCUGCCGUGAGUGACUUCGUGAACAGCCGCUUCAUAUCAUAAAGAGUGUAAAUUUCCUUUGCCGUCAAACUUAAAAAACGAACCCCGGGUUACUCAUUCCCACUUCUC